AUGGCGGACCCACCCGCGGGGCUACCCGAGCCCCUUCCCACAAACACCCAAGAAACCGCAAAUAGCUUCACGGCCGAGGACUUUCAACCCAGGCUGACGGGUAUCACACCUCUCAUCCCAAACAAAGAACGCGAAGUGGCUAGUGUUUUACGCCCUCGGAAGGCACGGGCCGGGUUACCACCAUGGAGGUGUGUGUGCUCAUCGAAUCUACCAAUGCGGAGAUACAGGAGGUCAAAACAUGACCAGAAUGUUCUUCAAGAACAGAAUAAGAAGCUCCACGAAGAAAUCUCAGCUCUGCGGGCACAAAUCGACGCCGUACCACCGGCCACCCCGACCAGAUCAUGGGCCGCAGUCGUUGAACGGACUUGGGAACGACACGAUAAAAGCCACGGUUCGACAUGGUCGUACACCGCACCCUGGCAGUGGACUUUGAUUUGGAAAACGCAACCGCCCAAGCUAUUGAGAAAAUCACGGAAGAAAAUGACCUAG